AUGACUUCUGCUGAAUCUUACUAUCCAAACGAACCAAGUGCUCCAAAGGUUAUCACUUCUGAGAUCCCAGGUCCAAACUCAAUUGCUCAAAUUAAACAACUAGGUGAACAUUUCGACUCAAGAUGUGCUUACUUUGUUGUUGAUUACAACAAGUCUAACGGUAAUUACAUUGUUGAUGCUGACUCCAACGUGUAUUUAGAUCUAUAUGCUCAAAUUGCAUCCAUCGCUUUAGGUUACAACAACCCAAAGUUGAUUGAAUUGAUGACUACCUCAGAGAUGAAGAACGCUUUGGUGAACAGACCAGCUUCUGGUAACUUCCCAGCUGUCGAAUUGGACGCUACUCUACAAAAGGUCUUGAAAGUCGCUCCAAAGGGUCAAGACCAAGUUUGGAGUGGUCUAAGUGGUUCCGAUGCUAAUGAAUUGGCCAUUAAGGCUGCGUUCAUGUACUACGCUCAAAAGAAGCGUGGUGGUGAUGCUGUUCCAUUCACCCAGGAGGAAUUAACCUCCGUUAUGGAUAACCAAAGUCCAGGUGCUCCUUCCUUCUCUGUGUUAUCCUUCAGAAAGGCCUUCCAUGGUAGAUUGUUUGCCAGUGGGUCAUGUACUUGUUCCAAGCCAAUCCAUAAAUUGGAUUUACCGGCUUUUGAUUGGCCUCAUGCCGAAUACCCAGCUUACGCUUAUCCAUUGGACACCCCAGAAAACAUCACUGCUAACAAAGCUGAGGACGAAAGAUGUUUAAAGAUCGUUGAAGACUUGAUUGUCAGUUGGAAGUCCCCUGUGGCUGCCUUGUUGAUUGAGCCAAUUCAAUCCGAAGGGGGUGACAACCAUGCCUCUGCUUAUUUCUUACAAGGAUUAAGAGAUAUCACUUUGAAGCACGACGUAGUAUACAUUAUUGAUGAAGUGCAAACUGGUCUAGGUGCUACAGGUAAACUCUGGUGUCACGAAUAUGCCAACAUCCAGCCACCUGUCGAUUUGGUCACUUUCUCCAAGAAAUGUCAAUCUGCUGGUUAUUGGUUCCAUGACCCAUUGAUGGUUCCAAACCAACCAUACAGACAGUUCAACACCUGGUGUGGUGAUACUGCCAGAAUGCUGAUCUUUGGCGCCAUCGGUCAAGAGAUUCUAAACAAUGACCUUGUUAGUCAAGUUGCUAGGGUCGGUGAAUACUUGUUUGCUAAAUUGGAAGCAUUGCAAGUUCAAUACCCUGAUUCUUUCAAGAACUUAAGAGGUAAAGGUAGAGGUACUUUCAUUGCUUGGGAUUUACCAACUGGUGAAUUGAGAGAGAAGUUGUUAAAGACUUUGAAGGCCAAUGGUUGUAACGUUGGUGGUUGUGCUGAAAAAUCUGUUAGAUUGAGACCAACUUUGACCUUUGACGAAAAGCACGUAGACAUCUUCAUUAACGCUUUGACCAAGUCUGUAGCUCAAUUGAACAACUAA